UUUAACUUCUUCUUCGUCUUCUCUUUUAAUUAAAAAACAAAAAACACUAAACCCAAUCAAAUCCACUUUGAAGCUUUCCCCGAUUCUCCAAUGGCCUUAACGGAGGAGAAAUCAGAUCCCGAUGGUCGACGUUGGGGCAGAUUCAAACUCCCCUUUCGAAACUCCAACAACGCUCAAGCUACUCCUUCUUCGUCUGCAUCAUCGUCUCAUCUAAAUCAAAAUUACAUUCAUCAAACUCGCCAUUUUCAAUACCACGGACCUCCUGUAGUAGAAGGAUUGGGUCAACAAAACCAUCAUCAGUCCGCCGGAGCCACGAUCCCUUCUAUGUCAUCUGUCGCGAGAUCGCUUCUUCCUACGAAACGCCGAUUGAAGCUUGAUCCUUCUGCAAAACUCUACUUCCCCUAUGAGCCUGGGAAGCAAGUCAGGAGCGCUAUUAAGAUUAAGAAUACGAGCAAGUCUCAUGUAGCUUUUAAGUUUCAAACAACGGAGCCAAAGAGUUGCUUUAUGCGCCCGGCUGGUGCUAUUCUUGCUCCUGGGGAAGAAAUUAUCGCAACUGUUUUCAAGUUUGUUGAGCCUCCUGAGAAUAGUGAAAGGCCGGUGGAACAAAAGAGCGGGGUUAAGUUUAAAAUUAUGAGCCUGAAGAUGAAAGUCCCAACGGAUUAUAUGCCUGAGCUGUUUGAGGAGCAAAAAGAGCAUGUCUCUGAGGAGCAAGUAAUGCGUGUGGUAUUCUUGGAUCCUGAAAGCUCUAACCCAAUGAUGGAGAAAUUGAAGAGUCAAUUAGCAGAAGCGGAUGCUGUAGAUGAAGCACGGAAGAAAGCAUCAGAGGGUGUUGUUGGUCCAAAGCCAAUUGGAGAAGGACUUGUAAUAGAUGAAUGGAAGCAACGCCGAGAGAGGUAUCUUGCACAGCAACAAGGAGGAGACAUGGCUUGAAACUAAAAGGUCACCAAUACAGAAUAUGUGUGUGUAUGUAUGUGUUUGGUUUAGUUGUGUGGUUAAUCACAAUGUGUGUGAAGAGAAAAAAAAAAAAAUGUGACUUUUGUUAUUUACAGUUAAGAACAACGAUUGUUCCAGCUUAAAAGAAACAUUGAUCUUGUUAUAUGUUUACUUCGACC